GAUGUUGUGAAUCACCAUGGCACGGGUCGUGCAAAUAAUCGGCAGGGAGGCAGGCAGUCGAGGCAGUGAUGUACGUGAAUGAAGUGUGAUCAAACAGUGUCCCCACACCCGCCCGGCGAUGACGCAUUUGUUCCCAGGGCUGUGGAAUUCAGGACACGUCUGCACGCCUCGAGGUUCUUUUGGCCGGCCCUGUAAAACAUUGGCAUUCCAUAUCGAAAGCAAAGCUGUUCGUCAGUUCCAGACACGACGGAGGGUCUCGUGACCUGGUAUUCUGAGUCCGAACUGCCGCCGCCGCCGCCGCAGGCAGACUGUGCUUGGUCACGCGGGAGCGUGUGAGGAGCACCACAGGGCACCAGAGGGAUGGAUAUUCAGGGUCCAUCCACCACUCCUCCGGUGGAGCGUGCGUGCGCGUGCCCAGCUGGCGCGGGCGAGGCACUGACUGACGGGGCUAAGGGGCUAUUAGCGGUCCUUUUGGAUUGACUGCUAGGGUUCUCAUGGAUACUGCACUGAGUGCAGGUGGUGGUGGCGAGGCAGGCCGUGGUGUCCGCCAUCUGGGUGGUUUGCCACCGUCUGGUCGGCCCUUGCAGAUCAGUCAGCGCUCUCUGCUGCAGUUCCUCGGCACCACAACCACCACCACCCGCUCGCAUAUCUCGCAGUGCAGUAGCUUUCCCAAGCGGUUCAUUCGCCUGGCGGCUGUUGCGCCUAAGUUGGCACCCUCCUUUGGGCGAGUGGGCGCUUGCCGUUCUUGCUCGUCGGCUGCCAGGCCACGCACCAUUGACGCAUGGGGUGAUGAACACGGACUGGACUGGCCGGCCACUUUGAGGGAGCAGGCAGGCAUUGCAAGGCCUGAACUGGACAUGGAUGCGCCGGCCGGCUCUUCCCCGCCACUUCCAAGCUCCCAAGCCGUCAGCACAAACCUGCAAGCUCACAAGACUGCCAUGCUUGGGUCGCUGCACGACAACACACCAGUUACAAAGUCGGUGCAUGAACCAGCCAACCACGCCUGGAGCCAGCCUCAAUAG